GAUUGACUGAGCCAGAGUCAGAAACCUCCUGGGAACCAGGCCCCCAGUUCCAGAUGGUGGUCUGCAGCAGCCUGGGCACCACACUCUUCUGCUUCUUUGUGGGGGUGCUGCCCCAUCCCCCAAGUCACCCAGGAAAGGAGCCCCGCCAAGCCUGGCCAACUCCUGCAGCCGUGGCCAUGGCCUCCGAGGAUGACUUUCAUCACAGUUCAAACUCCACCUACAGAACAGCAAGCAGCUCCCUCCGCACUGACCGGGAAACACUGCUUGAGAAGCUGCUCGACCACCCACUGCCUGGCCUGCAGAGGCCCGAGGACCGCUUCCAUGGGACCUACAUCAUCUUCUUCAGCUUGGGCAUUGGCGGACUACUGCCAUGGAACUUCUUUAUCACUGCCAAGGAGUACUGGGUAUUCAAACUCCGCAACUGCUCCAACCCAGCCUCGGGGGAGGAACCCGUGGGUUCGGACAUCCUGGAACCUCAUUGCUCCACCAUGUAG